AUGUCGACACUCACCGAAAUCACCUCCGAGGCCGACUUCUCGUCGCAUCUUUCCUCCCUGUCACCCGCUGCAUUGGUCGUCUUAUACUUCCACACCCCAUGGGCUGCUCCCUGCGCGCAGAUGGGCGCAGUGCUCUCCGCACUCGCUUCCCAGUACCCCGCCACUGCCCCGCCCACCAUCUCGUUCGUCAGUAUCAAUGCCGAGGAACUGCCCGAUAUUUCAGAAGAGUAUGACGUUUCUGCUGUGCCAUUCGUCGUGUGCCUCCGUAGCGGACAGAUUUUGGAGUCUAUCAGUGGGAGUGAUGCUGUGAAGGUGCGUGACGCUGUUGAGCGCCACGCCGGACGCGGAAACGUUGCGGGUGCGACCGGUUCGAUGGAUGGUGCGAGGGCCAACAUUCCCCCGCCGCUUUCUGCUGUUCCUCGUGAGGAUGUUCCAACCACCGCCACUCAGGGCCCCAUUACUGCUUCUCAGCCUCCUCCCGCGGACGCGGCCAAUGCAACCGCUGUCGCAUCUACCCCCGCCCUGACACCCGAGCAGUCUCGGGAGGCACUAUUUGCCCGCCUUGAACAACUAGUCAAAGCAGCAUCUGUCAUGUUGUUUAUGAAAGGUACCCCUAGCAGCCCGCAAUGUGGAUUCAGCCGACAACUAGUUGGUAUCCUCCGUGAGCGCAGUGUCAAGUACGGCUUCUUCAAUAUCCUAGCCGAUGAGGAUGUGCGCCAGGGUUUGAAGGAAUAUGCAGAGUGGCCUACUUUCCCCCAGUUGUGGGUGAACGGAGAGCUAGUGGGUGGUUUGGACAUUGUCCGCGAGGAGAUCAACAGCGAUCCCGAUUUCCUUAGUGAGCACUCGGUCAACAAGCCUACUGUGACUGCCUGA